AUGUAGGAAAUGGAAAACUUUACAUCAUUAGAGCAUCAUAAUAUAAGUUAAUUUCACGCACCUAGACGUUUUCAAUCAAGAAUGAGCGAGAAGAGGUCAGAGAAGACUAUCUGGGACUUGGCAGUUGAAGAGAGGAAUAGAACUGAAAACCAUUCAAGUAAAGAUCAACAAGAUGAUUCACAGCUAUCCAGUAGUGAUGAAUCCAGUAUCUUUAUCCUGGGAAGCAAAAACUCUGGAAAAACCUCCAUAAUUUUGAGAUUUCUCGAUCGAGAUGAAGCUCCUAAACCAACUACAGCUUUGGAUUAUACCUUUGGAAGAAGAGCUAAAACUGGACAUAAUAUUGGAAAAGAUGUAGGUCACAUAUGGGAGCUUGGAGGUGGAACAUUCCUUUCCAAAUUAAUUGAAAUUCCUCUGACAUCUGUAACUAUAAGGAGUAUGGCUGUUGUGGUUGUUGUGGACUUGUCUCUUCCAAAUGAAAUGUGGAACACAAUGGAAACACUUCUCUCUCAGGUCAAAUCUAAAGUGAACAAAGCGCUGGAAAGUUUGGAAGGUAAAGAGCCAAGUUCUGUGCAACAAAUUAAGAAGCAAGCCUGGAAGAAAUUUGGAGAAGAACAUCCUAGCUAUAAGUUAAAUGGUUCGUUGAUUUUGGUUUUGCAGGAUUUUGAUCCCGAGAAACGAAAAAUGAUAAGUAGAGCACUGCGAUUUGUGGCACACAAGAACGGCGCUCAUCUGCAGUUUUUUAGCACUAAAGCUGAGGGUCUGACGAACCGCACCCGGGGUCUGGUGGGGUCGCUGUUGUUCCGCACCCCUCUCAGUAAAGUGAUAUCAGUGGAUCAUAACAAACCCAUCAUUGUUCCUGCUGGACAGGAUUCGUUUUCACAAAUAGGAGCACCUCCAGUUGGCAAUCAAGACACGGGGAAAAUGCACAGCAGGGAUCCAUACGAGCUUUGGAAGGCUGCCUACGCCACGUUUUUUCCCCCUGAGAAAUCCCAAGGGCGUAACACAAGCGAAGACCCUUCUAAAGACCUACAGUAUGCUGAACCAGCGGUCGAUCCCAUGAGGAAACAGAAAGAUGAGGAACUUGAAAGAUACCGGAAGUUAGCCAUGAGAAAAGUGAAAGAUGCUUCUAGAGCGACUGCAGGAGAGAAACACCCACGCUAGCUAAACAGCAACACUACCGAAAACAACACUACAAACAGCAGAAAAA